AUGGCUAACACUUCUCGGCCCCUCACUGUGGCAGAGAUGCAGGCGCUCGCCAGAGCCAUCACGGAUGAACGCAUCUUUAAGAUGUUCCUCAUCCUCUUCACCCAUGUCUUGUUCAUCUACAUCAACAUUGUAAUGAUGGUCACCCUGCGCAGCAAGCCCACUUUUUGCAGCACGGCCCGUUACAUCCUUUUUGGCCACAUGCUGCUGAACGACACCCUGCACCUGUGUGUAGGCCUGCUCCUCUACGUGCUCAACUCCUUCUUUUUCACCUUGAUGCGCGCCGCCUGCUCCUUCCUGGUGCUACUGUCGGCCACGACCUUCACCGUGGCGCCCCUAAACCUGGCCGUCAUGUCUCUGGAGCGCUACGUGGCGGUCUGCUUCCCCCUGCACCACUGCCAGUUGGCCACGCCGUCCCGCACGCUCCUCGCCAUCCCGCUCAUCUGGGCGGCCGGCUGCGUCAACGUCAUGACGGACGUGUGGGUCCUCUUCUCCUCCGAGCCGGCGUUUUACCUGGCGCACAGCGUCUGCACCAUUGAGCAGCUGCUGCUGGCGCCGUGGCAGGGGGUCAAGAUGCUGGUCCUCAACAUCCUGCUGUUUCUGUCCGUGUCGCUGCUGCUGCUCUACACCUACGUGGCCGUCUUCCUGGAGGCUCGCUCGGCCUCCUCGGACAAGGCCUCCGCGCACAAGGCCUUGAAGACGGUGCUCCUGCACGCCUUCCAGCUGGGGCUCGCGCUCAUGUCCUUCCUGUACGUUCUCUUGGAGUCGCUGGCCUCCCAGCUGCCCUUCGCCAUCUACAACCAGCUGCGCUUUCUCAACUUCCUCGUGGUGCUCAUUCUGCCGCGCUGCCUGAGCUCGCUGGUGUACGGUCUGAGGGACGAGGCCUUCAAGCCCCUGUUCAAGCGGCAGUUUUUAUUCUGUGGCAGCUGGGCAAAAGUGGGACCUCCGUAA